UUGACAGCUGCUCCGGGAAGGACGCUGAGGAAGUGAAUCCAUGAAGUGAAUGAUUUUAUUUUUAGAUAAACUGUAUUAUUUCGUUAUAAUGACACGAGUAAAACUGUGAAGAUUACCCUGGCAUUCAGAAAAACACCAUUUUGGAUUUAGAGAUGGAGACUUUAAUCCCCAUCAUUAACCGGCUGCAGGAGGUCUUCCUCACCGUCGGAGCCGAGGUCAUUCAGCUCCCUCAGAUCGUUGUAGUUGGCUCACAGAGCAGUGGGAAGAGUUCUGUGCUGGAAAGUUUGGUUGGACGAGAUUUUUUACCCCGUGGUUCAGGAAUAGUCACACGGCGCCCUCUAGUGUUACAGCUGGUGAACGUCCCACCACUGGAGGAGCGCCGGAAACAGGAGAACGAAAAUGGGACAAAAGCAAACUCUCAGUGCAGCUUUCCAGGAAUCAAAGCUGAGGAAUGGGGAACCUUCCUUCACUGCAAACACCAGGUUUUUACGGAUUUCACUGAAAUUCGGAAUGAAAUUGAGGAGGAGACUGAACGCACCACUAACAACAAGGGUAUCAGCGCAGAACCCAUCCAUCUGAAGAUUUACUCCCCUAACGUUCUAAACCUCACCUUGGUCGACUUGCCUGGAAUCACCAAGGUGCCAGUAGGUGACCAGCCAGAAGAUAUUGAGACUCAGGUUCAGGAGAUGAUCCUGUCCUUCAUCUCCAACCCUAACUCUCUGAUUCUGUGUGUGUCUCCGGCUAACUCGGACCUGGCCACUUCAGAUGCACUAAAACUGGCCCGUGAGGUCGACCCUGAUGGUCGGAGGACUCUGCUGGUCGUGAGUAAGCUCGAUCUGAUGGAUGCUGGGACGGAUGCGCUGGAGGUUCUGCUUGGCCGCAUCAUCCCCGUCAGGCUCGGCAUCAUCGGGGUGGUCAACAGGAGCCAGCAUGACUUGAACACUCGGAAAAGUGUAGCAGAUGCGUGGCGUGAUGAGCAGGCGUUCCUGCAGCGCCACUAUCCAUCUUUAGCGUCACGCUGUGGCUCACGCUAUCUGGCACGCACGCUGAGCCGUCUGCUCAUGCACCACAUCCGCGACUGCCUGCCUGAGCUAAAGGCACGCGUGACGGCGUUGAGUGCCCAGUACCAGGCGCGGCUGAACAGCUAUGGGCAGCCCGUGGAAGACCACAGCGCCACCCUGCUGCAGAUCGUCACCAAGUUUGCUACAGACUACUGCAACACCAUCGAGGGCACGGCUCGACACAUCCAGACCUCUGAGCUAUGUGGCGGUGCACGGAUCUGUUAUAUAUUCCACGAGACGUUUGGCCGAACCCUGCAGUCCAUCGACCCGCUGGGAGGACUGACCGAGCUGGACAUUCUGACAGCCAUCCGAAAUGCCACGGGUCCACGGCCAGCGUUGUUCGUUCCUGAGGUGAGCUUUGAGCUGCUGGUGAAGAAGCAGAUUAAGAGACUGGAGGAGCCGAGUCUGCGCUGCGUGGAGCUCGUCCAUGAGGAGCUGCAGAGGAUCAUCCAGCACUGCUCGUCCCACAGUACACAGGAACUGUUGCGCUUUCCCAAACUGCAUGACUCAAUAGUGGAGGUGGUGACCAGUUUACUCAGGAAACGUCUUCCAAUCACCAACGAAAUGGUCCAUAAUCUAGUGGCAAUAGAACUUGCAUACGUCAACACUAAGCACCCAGACUUCACAGAUGCUGCACAAGUGUCUGCUUCAGUCAACAGCCAACAGACUGAGUCACUGGAUGGAGGGAAGCGCUGGAAGAAUGAUAAGAUGCCAUCAGAGGAAAAAGGCUCAGUGCCUGGAUUUGGAAGCCCUACCAAAGCAGUCAACCUACUGGACACGGCAGUGCCGAUCUCUCGAAAGCUGAGCGCACGUGAGCAGCGGGACUGCGAGGUCAUCCAGCGCCUCAUCAAGUGCUACUUCCUCAUCGUCCGCAAGAACAUCCAGGACAGUGUGCCCAAAGCGGUGAUGCACUUCCUGGUGAACUUUGUGAAGGAGCGUCUGCAGAGCGAGCUUGUGGGUCAGCUGUACAAGCAGCCUCUGCUGCAGGAGCUGCUUAUUGAGUCUCAGGAAACGGCACAGCAGCGCACUGAGGUCGCCCACAUGCUGGAGGCACUCCAGAAAGCCAACAACAUUAUCUCCGAGAUCCGAGAGACACACUUGUGGUAGCCAAAGCUUCACGGCAGCGACACGUCGAUGAGUGUGUGUGUUUACAUGUUCGUAUAUAUGUGUAUGUUUCAUAUCCGCAUCAAAUAGCUAUUUAAAUGCCUCCCAGAGCACAUGCAUCAAACAUAUGUUUAACCACUCAGUUCUUCAGGUACUUUGUGUUAUUACUGUACAAACACGGCUGUCUUUAAAUGUGUGCGUGUGAGAGAGAGAGAGUGAGAGAGAGAGAGAGACAGAGAACUUGUUCAUCUAUCCUGUAGGUCAAUACAAGAAGUCUGCUUAUUUUUCCCCUGAAUUAAGAGGCAUUCUGAAAAUGCACUGAGCUUGAAGAGAAGCACUUGAGCCGUGGAUGCUUUCUGACGUUCUCAAAAGAAAAUUGCACAACCUUGAAUUGUUUUUCUGAUAGAAUUUCUCAGUAAACACCAGGCAGCUACAACUGCACUCAGAAGGUUUGCAGUGGACCAACCCGUAAUGACGAACACAGAUUAGUCUUUUUUUUUUUUUUUUUUGCUUUUAUGAGUACUGGAGCAUUUAUCAAUCUAAUCCUAAUUUACUGCACCUGUAGCAUAUGUGUGAUUACCACAGAAUUCUGCGAUGUUUUCCUGCACUGAGAAAAAAAAAAGGAAAAACUAAUGGUUGAAAAUAAACGUUUAUUGACCGAGUUCAACAUGUCUGAAGUAAAGCUGUUUUCUGUACUUUUUGUAAGCAGAAUUAUCUGUGGUAAUCACACAUGCACUACAGAUGCGAUAUGUAGAGAUGAAGUCGAAACACUGGAGUAUUCCUUUAAUCGAAGUUCCCUGUUUAAAUCUGUGGUUAAUAUUUUACAGUUUAUUCCUCUCAUACCACAGCAGUUUGCUAAUGAUUACAAUUAUUAAUUUAUUAAUGAACACCACGUCAUACUUUUAAUCCAUUUAUAGUUACCUUUAAAGUCAUGGAACGUCCACGAAACAAGUUAGCGCCUGUUAUAACUUACGUUAUAGCAGCUAUAAACAGUCUUUCCCUCACCAGCCUCUCUGUUUUUCCCCGUCUUGAAGUUAACAAGACAGAAAAAAGCCCCAGAAAAACUACAAACCGCAAACUACUUCAUCCUAAAGACUUUCCCAUGGUGGAAAAAUUACUGACUGUUACCAAGCUCUCACACUGGAGACUGUUAAAUAAACAUGUCCUUACAGAAAACUUCACCAUAUCCAUGAUUAGAUGUUUUUCUUUGUUAAAAAACAAAAUGCUUAUGAAACAGCGUAUGAGCUGUUGCUAUAGAAAUGAUAAUGUUUUAGAACAUUAACACGUUUGACCAAUUAGAAUAGAGAAUUGAACAGCGCUGUGGUGUAAUUAUUACCACACCACUUUGUCCUAAAGAUCUGAACAGAGAUGUAAAACGUUUAAUAACAAACGCCUCAUUUUCACAUUUAGUCUUCAUGCAGAAAUACGAAGCAUUAUUAUUUUGUAAGUGCAGUAUAUACGAUUAUUUGGUGUCAUUGAUAUAGAUGUGAAGGAAUUGAGCGGGUUGUGUAUAGCUGUGUUUGUGUCCAGGUACCUUGUUUAUUUAUGGAAGAAGAAACAGGAAGUAAGACUUAACAGUGAUAUUGGGCGGUGUGAAAAAUAAUGGGUGAUUAAUUAAAAUAAUUUACGAUUAAGAAAUGUGCAUAUCUUUUCUCUUGAGAGUAUGACCAAGAAAGAAAAAGAGCCUAAUCAACAAAGUUUCUUGUGUUAAAUCAGUGUACAUGGACUAAAAAUGGCCAGCCGAACAAAAUGCGACUGAACAAAGGGACAUGAUUAAUAACAGGCCUGAUUAUAGCUGACUGUUUCACUCCACUUUGGUCAGAGAUUUGACGUGUGUUGUUAUUAAUGGCUGAAUAUUUAUUGUGUGAGCGUGAAUGCAGGUUUGUGAGGUUGAGAGAGUUCAUACUGAAGCCAUUCCAUUUAUCUUUUGUGUAGUAAUGCCUUUGUCUAGCUGUUGAGUCACAAACAUAUAAGACUGAUCAGAAGGCUGUAAGGCUCCUUUCACACCUGGUGUUUUUUUUUUCUCCAGAAAAGCGCUGUCCAGAGCUCACGCAACCCAAGUCCUAGCUAGUAUCAGCUAUCUAACUAGCCUAGCUUGCUUUAUUAGAUUUAUUAUUAUCAGUAAUAAUGAUGAGUGUUACUCUGGUGAUAAGGAAGUUGUUUACCUUCAUUCUAACUCUGGAGGCCGAGGCUCAAGAGAAUUUGAGCUGCAUGUGCGACUUGACUGUAUGCAGAAACAGAUGAAGUGGGACGAUACAUCACACACUUAAUUUGAGUUACAUUAGGACAUUCGUUUCAACCAUCUGACCAUAAAUUUCCUUAUAUACGCUCACUGACAAGACAAAGUUUUCACCAAUAUUUUGCUCACCAUGUUUGUUUUUCUUGCUUUACCAUCAACUUGGGAUCUGAUUGAGAUAAAAAAGACGUUUGACAUCAUUUUUCUGGGGGGAAAAAACUGUCUUGCGCCACUUCCCGUAGAUAUCUGAGUAAAUAAACGUAAAUAUUAGUAGAUGUAAAUUAAAUGGUCUGGUGGUUGAGAAAAAACACCUUCUGUGAAAGCAGCCUAAGGCCCUGCUCAUAUGUAUAUGGAUUUUUUUUUUUUUGGGUUGCUGAAACCGAACCUUUUCGAAAAUGGCCUCCAGAGUGGAGAAAUGUUAAAACUCCAUUUCCACUGGUUCCAUGAUUUGGCUGUUUUGUGUUCAUACUGUGUGGAAUCCACUGCGCCAGUGCUACAAACUGCACCAUGAACUUAGAUUUUGGUGAAAGCUUGGCAUUUAAGCGUAAUCUUAAGCAGUAGUUACCUCAUCGUGAGUCCACACACAUGAAUCAUCAGUUUUCAUUUUUGGCCAUGUUGGUGUUUUUUGGCAUCCUUGUUGCUCAAAACGCAGAAUGGUCUAUCGUUUUUGUUUUUUCAUGUAGAUAGAGAUAUUUUUGAAAAUGCUGUUCAUGUGGGGGCAGGAUUAUUUUUUAGUGAAUAUAUCUGUAUACAUGUGGGCGGGGCCUACGAUUAGCAUGACAGUUUAAUACUGAUGUUGCGGUGUAUCAUGUCUUGGGACUACAUGCUUUUCCAUACUGCUUGACGUUUUGGUGUUUUGUCGAUGCGAGAAUAGUCUUGCACCCGAUAGCUGUUAUAGAUUUCGCAAGUGUGUGUUAUUUGCAUUCGGUUGUUCGGAGCGGAAGUAUGGGUGCCGCAUCUCCUGAAGCAUUUAUAUUCAUAAGGUCACAUCUUGGCACUCACAGAUGCUGCACAACUCCAUAUUGAAGCCACUUGCAGAAAGACACGUUGUGCGAAGGUCAGCGUGAAAUGUUGAUCUAUGCGCCAGGAAAUGAAAACAUAAGAAAGACAAAGAGUCAGAGCUAUUCCCUGCCAUCCAGAGAGCGAGCGAGCGUGUGUAUUCUGUGAACCACCACUCUUCCCCAAACUUUAGAGGAUAAAGUCUGUAUUUUAUCUGCACUCGGAAUGUCGAGAGACUGGAGCGACCUUGUUAAAGUGCCGGAGUGUAAUGGAUGGGAAAGAGGUGUCGAGCUGGUGAAUUUUAAUCACCUCUGUUGCAAGCUCAGCACUGAUGAGCUUAUCACUUAACACGCCGAGGUGAAUAACUGCCACUUCUCCACGUCUUCGCUGUAGAACGACGCUCGCUCUCAGCCUUUUCUCAGCAGCUCUUCCUGGCUGUUCAUCCUCUUUGUAGAUGUGUAUUUAUUUUAGUAACAGCUGAGAGCUGAAAUUCUUUUUCUUCCCUUCCAAUGAUGCAACUUGUUGAAAUGUGUUUGCAUGGAUGAAGGGCUGUGUGUGUGUGUGUGUGUGUGUGUGUGUGUGUGAUUUUUAAAAAUAAUUUUAAGAAACAUAUCAUCAUGACAAAAUGUCUGUGAGUUCUUGCCUGCCAUUAUGUUUAUGAUUAUGUCACACAUGCCUACGUACUGGUUUCUGUUUGUAUGUCAUUAAAAGUGAAUGCAAGGUGUCUCUCUCCUCAUUCUCACACAA